AUGCUUGAAAAUUCCAGUUUUCAAUGAAGUUUGUGAUUUUUUUGCAGAAGGCGCAAAUGGUGUGGUGCAAAUCGAUGGUGACAAAUGGCGUGAGCAACGGCGAUUCGCUUUACACACGCUUCGCGAUUUCGGAGUCGGCAGACCUUUGAUGGAACAAAAAAUCAUGCUGGAAGUCGAGGCUCUUGUGGACUUUUUGGGGAAGGAGAGCAGAAAUGGGCAAGAAAAAGUGGAAUUGAAUGCGCCGAUUGCAAAUUGCGUCGGAAACAUUAUCAAUAAUAUGCUUUUCAGUUGCAGAUUCAAGCAGGUCAGUUAAUUUGCUUGGAUUCUCAUUAGAGCGCACUUGAAUCAAGAGUUCAAACUAGACAAUAGUUUGCAGGGCGACUUGAAAAUGACAAAACUGCACCAUCUCCUGGAUCGCCAAUCACAAAUCGUAAUGAAAUCAAUAAUGGGAGCCUACAUAACGUGCCCGUGGACCACAAAAAUCCCAGUUUUGAAUUCAAAAUGGCUCGAACUCAUGGACAUCAAGCGACAACUCUGUGCGUUUUUAGCCGAGCAAAUUGCAGAGCAUCGCGAGAAAUGGGACAUUAUUCGGGAAGAACAGGCGGAGGUGGAGGAUUUGACGUAUGCUUAUAUGAAAGAGGUGGAGCGGAGGAUGCGCAGUGGGGAGGAUGUCGGAUUUUUUGAGUGGGUUUUUUGGGGAGUGGGAAAAUUUGGAUCAUUUUGAACUCAAAUAUGAGGGGUUUUGCUCAUAUUGAAAAAUUUUAGCUUUAAAAAAAUUAGAAAAUCCAGAUUUUAAUAGAAAUUUCGAAAAAAAAUCAAAGAAUAGAAAUUAGGUCAGACUAAAAAAAUUUCAAAAUUCAAGAAUCAAACUAGAGAAGUCAGAGAUCAAACUAUAAAAUGAGAUCUAGGUCAAAUUUCAUGAGUCAGGGGUCAAACUAGACAAAUUCAUGAGUUAGGAGUCAAACUAGAUAAUUUUUCAAAAGUCAAGAAUCAAACUAGACAAAUUGGGGUGGAAACUAGAGAUUAAGAUCUAGGUUAAACUAGAGAAGUAACCCUAGGCUUAUUUGGUGUCAAAAAAUUGCAAAUUUUUCCAGUGAUCUUCAACUCCAAAUGCUCCUUCUCGACUUAUUCUUCGCUGGCAUGGAAACCACAGUAACCACCCUAAAAUGGGCCUUUCUUCUAGUCGCCAAAAAUCCGUCAAUUCAAAAACGUGUGCAAGAGGAGUUGGAUCAACUCGGCGAAAUUUCCCAAAUCUCGUUGGCCGAAAAAACGCGACUUCCACUAACUCAGGCAACAAUCAAUGAAAUUCAACGAAUCGCCAACAUUUUGCCAUUCAAUUUGUUGAGAACUGUUGGAAUUUCAACGAAAAUCGAUGGAUUCUCAUUUGAAAAAGGAGAUUUGAUAAUUCCGCAGGUCUCGAUUUUGAUGAAUGACCCGGAAAUAUUCGACGAACCUCACAUUUUCAAUCCCGACAGAUUUUUGGACGAAAAUUAUAAUGUGAAAAAAAUCGAGGAAUUUUUGCCGUUUUCAAUUGGCAGACGACAAUGUUUGGGAGAAUCACUGGCAAAAGCCGAAUUAUUUUUGGUUUUCGCGAAUUUGUUGAAGAAUUUUGAGAUACGUGUGGAGGAUACGGUAUCGAUGGAAAGGGUUUUGGGUUUGACUGUUUCGCCGCCUGUUUAUAAAUGUGAAUUGAGAAGAAGGAUAUUAUAA